AUGUCAACUGGAAACACGGCCGUGUACGAGAGCCUCAAAAAAACCCUGCCCAAGCUAAUUGAGCAGGCAAACUACUCCGAGUUGUAUGGAAUUGAUUUCAGCUCGAAUGCAGAGUGGACAACUGCGCAUGAGAAGGUGCUGCACAAGUUUCUUGUGGCAAACAAGUACGAGCUCGAGCCAUCAAAGACGCAGCUUCUGAACACUCUCAAGUGGAGAAAGGAGUUCAAGCCGCUCGAGGCAAAAGAUGAGGUUCACUCCGACGACCUCCAGAAGCUCGGGAUCAUCACCAAGUCGCCCAGUGGCAAGAUUAUCACUUGGAACUUGUAUGGGGCCAUCAAGAACCGCCAGGAAGUUUUCGGCAAAUUGGAUGCGUUCUUGCGUUGGCGUGUUGGGCUGAUGGAGCGUGGAAUCUCUCUGCUUGAUCUCAGCUCCGACGAGUUCGGCACAAUGGAUCAGGUCCAUGACUACAUGGACGUGUCGUUUCUUCGCAUGGACCGUGAGACCAAGGCGGCUUCUUCUAAAACCAUCAAACUGUUCCAGGACUAUUACCCGGAGUUUUUGAGUGCCAAGUACUUUGUGAACGUCCCGUUCUUGAUGACCUGGGUAUUUACGUUUGCCAAGGCCUUCAUGUCCAAAGAGACCGCAGACAAAAUGCACGUUAUUGGCAACGGCAAGGACUUGAGGUACGACCUAGGUGACUGGAUCCCCAAAGCUUACGGGGGCCGGGCUGAGUCGUUCGCGUCAAUUGCUGCCGAGGCAUCUUCUGGUGACAAGCCAGCGGCUUCUGCGGAAGUUGUGAAUAACGCCACCACCGCCGCGGUUGCUGCAACCGAAGCGCCGCUUAAUGCUUAA